AUGACUCGGACAUACCAAAGAGAUGCAGAAAAUGAAGGGCAUGGUGGCGACGAGGGCAAACCUCUGCGCAUUCCCAUCCAUCCAGUACUCUUUCAACAACGUACAGAAACCGUUGCCAAUCAAAAACAACGCGAGACCCGCACCGAUAGCAUUGUAGGCAAAGAAACGGCGACGGCGGUGGCGGAAAUGAAACCCAGUGAGAGAAUGAGUGAUAAUAUGCGACGAUUAGAUAUAGUUCCAGUUUUGCAAAGAGUAUACAGAUGGGAAAGGCAGAAUGUCGAUGUGGAUUUUUCGUUGGUGGAGGGGAGGCGUCUAGUACGAGAACACCAUCAAGUCGGGGUGGAGCGCGAUAGGGUACAGAAUGUGGCAUCCGACGUUGAGCGCGAUCGGGACAAUCACACUCCAGUUGUCCUUGGAAAUAGCCCACUCCAUGGGGACGAGAGGCGUGGCGAGGAUGAUGAUGCCGGCGAGGGUGAUGACGGAGAGGACGAGUGCGACACGGAAGCGCUUGAAGAUCUUGGGGACUUCCAUGAAGAAAUUGGAGCGCUCGACUUCCUUCUUUGUCGCACCCCACGAGAUAUC